AGGCGGGGCCUUGUUGAGUGAUGGCCCGACCCCGCCUUCCAGCGAAGGGGGCGGGUCAACAUGGAAGUGCCUUGGGCCUGCAUUGCUAGAAUGAAGCACAUCAACUUGUCCUUUGCAGGAUGCGGGUUUCUGGGCAUUUACCACUUGGGGGCAGCAUCAGCACUUUAUAGACACGGCGGAAAGUUCCUGAAGGAAGUCAAGGCCUUUGCAGGGGCCUCUGCGGGGUCCUUGGUUGCUACCGUCCUGCUAACAGCACCAGAAAGAAUAGAGGACUGUAACGACUUUACCUACAAGUUUGCCGAAGAAAUCCGCAGGCAGCCUCUCGGGGCACUGACACCCGGCUACAACUUCAUGGCCCGACUGAGAAGCGGAAUAGACUGGAUCCUCCCUCCCAACGCUCACGAGCUGGCCCACAAGCGACUGUACAUAUCUAUCACCAAUGCGAAAACCCGAGGGAACUGCCUGGCCUCAGCGUUCUCCUCCCGCGAGGACCUUAUUAAGAGACUUGCAAAAUGUAAGGGAAAAGCCGGUCAGCGCACACGUGCAUUGUCACAAUGCGCCAACGCCAGGACAGACCCCGGACGCCGUCAGUGUGUUGGAAGGCCUGUUCCGGAUUGCACGGGAGCAGGACAGGGGUCGCGCUGUCGUGAAACAAAAGGCAUUUUUCCCGGCCACUUCCUCCUCCUCACAUCUGUCCUCGGCCACUGUCCGCACUGGCAGAGCCCUGCUGCGUCCGGUCUCUCGUCCUGCCGUCCUCACCCCUGGUCUCAGGCCACGGGCCUCCCUGCCUGUUACUGCGUUUGUACGGUCAGCCCUUCUUCGCUAGAGCCAAGCGGCGCGUGGGCAAGAGCGGCUGUUUCCUCCGCUCUCCCAGCCCGACUCAGCUCCAGCGGCAGCCCCGCGUGCCCAGCGAGCGACUGUGACCCAACACGUCAACGGCCUGGCGUGGCAUCUGUCACGGCGGCCUCCCUUAAGAUGAAAGAACAAAAAGCGUCUGGAUCCUCCAUGUGGAGUGACCUUCACAAACCAACUUAGCCGGGGCACCCGGUGGCUCAGCCGGUUGAGCCUCUGACUUCCGCUCACAGUUUGUCAAGAUCUCACAGGUUGUCAGUAGGAGCCCCACGUCGGGCUCUGUGCUGACAGCGCGGACCCUGGAGCUGCUUCACAUUCUGUGUCUUCCUCUCUAUGCCC